AGUACUGUGUUUUUAUACUUUUAUACUGUGUUCUCAGAAAUGCCGUGUUUUGCUGCUUACUAUGUGAACUGUAUCCCUCGCAGCUCUCCGACAGUUUGCUGCCGGGCUCCAUCAUGGUGAGGACCGCUGCUUUGCUCCUCCUGCUGGCAGCUGCUGCCAACCUUCAGAUGUCUGCAGCUGCCUCAGACUUCACAGACUGUCCCAUCAGCUAUUAUGGAAAAGAGUACACGUCACUGGAGGUGAUUUUAACGGUCGAAUCAGGUUCCAUUUGCUUUCGAGAAAACCAGGCUGCCACACAUGACUGCAUUGAUGUGGGCUACGUGUCCAAUGUCGACGAUUAUUCGGUGACUUUAAACCAAGGUCACAAAGAUCUUACGCCCCAUCUGGCAUCCAUCACAGACACAUCAACUUGCAGCGUUACCAUCGCAUUUAAGGACGGGCCAACCUCGAUCGCUUGGGUGAAACUCUACCGUGCGGAGUCCAAAGCAGCAUUGUCAAUCUCAUACAACAGUGAUGCAGACCAUGAAGGGGCUCCUUCAUCUCUUUAUGUAAAAACAAUAAAUGGAAAAUCCAUAGCCCUGUCUCAGGGGGACCUUGAUGGGAAAGAGCACUACUUGGAUAUAAGUGGAUGCAGAAGCAGUGGUUACACUGUCGCAGCUGGUUCUGAAAAAAAGGUUUCAUCAACCUGCACCACAAUAUCCUGCAGUGAGCAUCUAGUCGCCGCAGAAACAGGAUGUGACAGCGGCAUGAUAUGUAUGCUGGGCACCUGUGUACCUGAAAAUCCUGGAUUCGCUGCACCUGGAGGAGGAGACGCUGAUGAUAUUGCAAACACCGUGGUGUGCACAGUGACUGGCUCCAGCGUCAUCAAUUUCUUCAACACCAAACAGGAUAUCCCGGACCGCUGUGCGUACACGCUGCUGAAGCCUCUGAGUGGCUCCGAUUUUGAGUUGGUGGCCGUUUUCAAGGAGCGCCGCCGCAAAGACGUGACACUUUUGGACCACUUGAUAAUAAGCUACAGUGGCAAAAAAAUAUAUUUGGGACAAGGUGUAAGAGCUCAGGUCGAUGACACAGAUCUCCAGCUCAGCGAUCAGUUUGAGACGCAUCAUAAUGUGGAGCUCCGCAAGGACAGCAGUGGAGUCACCGCCAAGAUCCCGUCCACCGGCAUGAAAGUGGUCUUUGAUGGCAACACAGCGCACCUGUCAGGACUCGAUAAUGAGGCCGUUCAGGGCUUGUGUGGCACCCCCACUCUGCCAUCUGCGACGACCAGCCCGAGCAAUGAGAAAUCCUCUGACAGCGAGACCGG